GGUUUAAAAACUUUCCUGGCUCUGCUCGCCGGUGUAACAAGAUAUUUGCUCUGCCUCCGCGUUCAUUUCUAUAUAAAACUAUAGGUCCAACUCAUCCCCUCACAACCAUUUUGGCGCGUAGCAAAGAAUGAAAAGUAUUAUUAUUUUACUAAGUUUUUUUAUUUAUUGUGCGGCAUUCGCCCAUUCGUCUGGACUUGAAGAGAAUGAACUUCUAGAAGAACUUGAUGGGAAGCUGCUGAGGGACCCAGGUGCACUCCAUGACCAGAUCAAAUAUGAUUUCCGCAAGUCGUUAGAUCUGGACGAGGAGGGAUGUAUCCUCCACCCUAUGAAGAGAGCAGGCCUAAAGGAGUGUGGGUUCAACUCCACAGCCAAGACCAUCUUUAUCAUCCAUGGCUGGACGAUGAGUGGAAUAUUCGAGAGCUGGAUGCACAACCUGGUGGCGGCGGUGCAGCAGCGAGAGCCGGAAGCUAACGUACUCGUCGUGGAUUGGUUGAACCUCGCCCAUCAGCUCUAUCCUGACGCGGUCAAUCACACGCGACGUGUGGGGCUCAGCAUCGCAGACCUGCUCAACUGGCUCCAGGAAGAGGCAUAUGUGCCAUUGCAGAAUGUUCACCUGAUAGGUUACAGCCUUGGGGCGCAUGUUGCAGGCUAUGCAGGCAAUUUUGUGAAGGGCACAGUUGGAAGGAUAACAGGCUUAGACCCAGCAGGGCCCAUGUUUGAAGGAGUGAAGUCACAUCGGCGGCUUUCUCCUGAUGACGCUGACUUUGUUGAUGUCCUGCACACGUACACACGAGAAGCCCUGGGUGUCAGCAUUGGCAUCCAGCAGCCAAUAGGAGACAUCGACAUCUAUCCCAAUGGGGGUGACAUCCAACCUGGCUGCUCAUUGGGUGAUGUGGUGGCAUAUGCUGGUGGUGGUUUUGUAGAUGUGUUGAAGUGUGAGCAUGAAAGAGCAGUGCACCUGUUUGUGGAUUCUCUGAUAAGCAAGGAGCAUGUCAGUUAUGCCUACCAGUGCACCGGGCCGGACCGCUUCAAGAAGGGCAUCUGCUUGAGCUGCCGCAAGAAUCGCUGCAACAACAUGGGCUACAACGCCAAGAAGAUGCGCAAGAGGAGCAACAGCAAGAUGUAUCUGAAGACCCGUGCCGACACGCCCUUCAGAGGUUACCAUUACCAGAUGAAGAUGCAUGUGUUCAACAGAAAGCACUCCGAUGACGCUGAUCCUACCUUCAAAAUCAAGCUUGUAGGGGAACACAACGAUACUCAAGACCUCUUUGUCAACUUACCAGACAAGGUGGGCCUGAACUUCACCAACACAUUCUUGGUGUUUGUUGAGGAAGACAUUGGUGAGCUUCUGAAGAUCCAGCUAAGCUGGCAAGACCCUGCAGAAUCUCUCUCGUCCUUGUUUAAAAACAUCAGGCAGAGCUUCUGGUCCUGGUCUAGUAAGCCAUCCAAUCAGGUGCUACAAGUUCGCCGGAUUCGUGUUAAACAUGGAGAGACUCAGAAAAAAUAUACGUUCUGUCUCCAAGACCCUUCUGAGAAUGACAUCACACCAGGCAAGCAUCUGACCUUCGUGAAAUGUCGCGAUGGCUGGGAGGUGAAGUCAAGCAAAAGCAGAUUCCACAUCUGAAAAGAAAGCACUUCAUCUGGUCAUCUGAAGCCAGGGGGUCUGCCUGGUACUGCUGCUACACCCAGAGCACUUUGUUGGGCUCACAGAGGACUGAGCAUUGGGGCUGAGCGUUUGAGGGAAGGGCUUGGGAGCUGGGACAGUCUGGCCACACCACUCCUCUCUGGAGCAAAUGGGCACGGUUUUGCCCUGAGGGGUGGAUUGGUGAUUGGCAUCAUUUUUUCAUACUUGACCGCUCAACCUCUGAUCAGAAUCUACACGUCUUUGUGUACCAAAAGGUCAUACUAGAAUGGUCAUUAUUUUUGUAAGUCUUUUAUUUAUAUAAAAAAAAACAAAUGCACUGAAGUCAGGUUAAUUUAUGAACUUGAUGCACAGCCUUUAUGCAGGCACACAUUCAUUCUUUGCUUAAGGAGUGUUCAGUCGCAGGCAGUGGAGCUCAGUAUUUUGAAGAAAGAGAAUGAAAAGUGUCUCUAAUCGGUCAGUCUUUUUGAGAAGUGUCAAUUGUUAUGUGCCUUUAAAAUGUCUGUAUGUAUUUGUGUAUAUAAUGUACAUAUGUUUAAAAAUAAAUUCAUUUGUUGUACUUUG